UUACAGCCAUUUAUAAAAGUAUCAAACUAUCAUACAAUGUGUUCAGAUUAAAAUUGUGUUUCUGUAUAGCAUACAAGUUACUUAAAUUUUUUUAUAAUAACAAAAUAUAAAUAUAUAUUUUUUUUCCAACUACCAAUAUGGCAUUAGAGGUGUUUUUGGGCCAUAUGGAAAAUUAUUUUGAACAACUUGAUGAUUAUAAUAAUGUCUCGCCUUAUUUACAAGAUACUAAAAAUCAAUGGGAUGAAGUAAUGAGUACAGUAUUUGCUAAUAAUACUGAUGUCAGUGCAUUAACUAAGUAUAUAGAACCUUGGAGUCAUCAAAUCCUUGUGAAAAUCUAUCCGCUUAUGAAUCGAAGUCACAAUAUUAUACAAUACAGCGAUGAAACAGUUAAAAAAAUAUUUUUUUCGUUCCUGUAUUGGCAAUUACUAACAAAACCUUUAGAUUUAUACUCAAUUAAAAUGGAAAUUCAACAAAAAUUAGUUGAUCAAGGAACAAUUCCUGUUGAAGUUGUUUGUACUGCUGCAAUGGAAAACUAUUUUGCCAUUUGCACAAGUAAAAUAAUAUAUUUUUAUCAAAAUGAUAACAUUAAAAGGCCAAUUUACAAAGUAAGAUUGGGUUAUGAAAUAUCAGAUAUUUUAACCAUUCAUUUUUAUCAAACUGAAAUAGCUGAUUUGAUUGCCAUUGUACGUUUGAAUAAUUAUGAUUUAAAAUUUUAUAACGUCAAGUAUCGAAAAGAAAUUUUGAAUGAUAAUCAGCUCGUAGGCCGUAAUUUAUGUGUCGGUACUCAUCACCAUUUUUUUUUGGAAAAUGAUUCUACUGUUACUGACUAUCGAAUUUUGUUACUAAACAAUCAAUUUGAUAUCUGUGAAGGUGCGAAAAUUACAUUAUUUAGAAAAAAAAGGGAUAAUGAAGUUCUUUACAUGUUUUCAGAAUCUGAUAAGUUGCUGGUAGUUUGUCAAGAAAACGUGGCCAAUUAUAUAGUAAGAGAAUUAGAAAUCCCUACUUCUCAAAACAGUGAAUUUCAGUUAACGAGUACAGAAAUAGAUAUCAGUGACUUACAAGGAGCACGGGAUACAGUUUCCAAAAUUUUAAUACCAGUUAAUCAAAUUAUAAUGAGUACAGUUGAAACUGGCUUAGCAUUUGGCCGAUGGGCAAAGGAUAAAGACGGUCUUGAAGUACAAACAAUAAGUCAUGAAAGGGGUAGUAUAACAUCGUAUGCUAUGCAUGCAGAUAUAUUAUUUUUAGGUUUCAGUAAUGGAUACAUACAAAUAUAUCGUAUAAAUUCAUCGGAUAAUAAGCCACCAAACCUUGUAGAAGACGAAUCAAAAUUAAUAAGACUAAGCGCGGAAUCUGAACCUAUUACUAGCAUCAGUUUAAAUGAAUUCCAAGGAAAAUUAUACAUUAUUGCAUCAACGAUACUGCAAUUUUAUGUUAUCAAUGUUUCUUAUUGAAUACUUUUAAGUUAUAUCUGUACUAUUGGUAAAAAAUGCGUUUACUACCACAUUAAUUUGAAAAAAUAUAUUGAAGAUUACAAA